AAGCGGAAUUCACUUUCACAAGAAGUUAUUACAUUAAAUCGGCAAAUAAAUGAACUCAAAUUCCAACCCUCCGCUGGUGGUUUUAAAAACUCAACUGGGGCUCAUGAAAUGCAAGAGAAGCUUAUUCAAUUACAAUCAGAACUAAUUGAACUUCAUCGGCAGAAUGCGAAGCUUUCAAAUGACGUUCAAAGUAAACAGACACAAAUCGAAAAUUUGAAUCAAAAAAUCGAUGAAUUGAACAAACUACUUGAGGAGUCUAAAAAAAUAAAUCGCCAGUGUUUGGAGAAAAUAGAGGGAUUAGAAAGUGCUAAUAAUGUCUUAUUGGAUGAACAGACAGCAGCAACUCUUUCAGUGAAACAACUUGAACGAGAUAAGGUCGAACUUAAUAAGGAUAUAUCUCUGUAUCUCACCCAAAUAAGUCAUCUUCAGUCUGAACUGGAAAAGCGAAAAAAUAUUGAAUCUGAUCUGAAAUUAUAUUUCGAAAAGCAGAUGAUUCAAAAAGGCCUCUUAGAUGCUGCUGGAUUGCCUCUAUCAAGCGACGAGGAGCCAUCUUUUCGAAGUUCAGCUGCAGUUUCAUCCAUUCCUAAUCGUAGCACAGCAACAAUUCCGUUGGCGGAAGAUGUGUAUUGCGUUCGAUUUAGUCCAACUGGAACGAAAAUUGCAUAUGGAGGGUUUGAUAAGAGGGUCUAUGUCGCGAUGGUGAAGAAUGAUAAUUUUGAUGUCCCUUUUGCCUUGGGAGUCUGUAAUGCUGGCGUUAAUGCUGUGGACUUUGACCCAGAGGAGCGCAUGGUUCUCGGUGCUUCAAGUGAUUUCGCCUGUCGUGUCUUCAAUUUGGAGGACCGGCGUAUGCGGGUAAACUUAACCGGGCAUUCCGACCGCGUCAUGACGGCACGUUUUAUCGGCUCCGGUAUUAGUGGUCAUAAUAUCGUCACAGCCUCCAUGGAUCGUUGUAUCAAGUUUUGGUCACUGGAGCAGAGACGCUGCUCACGAACUCUUCCUUUGACAUCGUUAUGCUAUGAUCUUGCCGUUUCUUUAACGACCAGCACCGUAGUCAGUGGCCAUUCGGACAAAAAGAUCCGCUUUUGGGAUGUAAAUUCAUUUCAAAUGGCUCGAGAAACUCUGCUUUCUGGUCGUAUUACUGGGCUUGAUAUCUCAAGUGAUGAAAGAUUUGUCGCCGCUUGCACUCGCAGCAAUUCCCUUUACAUAGUUGACUUUCGGCGAGAUGAAGUGCUUCAAUCUUUCCAAGCGGAGGACUUCAAGGUUCAUUCGGAUUUUGUUCGCCCUUGCUUCUCAUCUGAUGGUGCUUAUAUUGCCUGUGGGUCUCAAAAUGGUGAUAUCCUCAUUUGGAAUAGAGAAACGUGCAAAUUGGAAAAAGUCCUACAUGGUCAUGAUAAUAUGGUUCUAUGCACAAGUUGGAGUCCAAGAGGAGAUCAGAUUGCGUCUUGUGAACGAGGCAAAAAGAUUGUGUUGUGGUCGUGUGUCAACUAA